GAAAAACAAUAACCAAACUUACUGAAAAGCUUUACUCUCCAAGUUUCACGCUAGUGGUGCAACAAUAAUGGAGCCUAAAAUAUAUUGCGGGGCGUCCAGCCAUCAUGUGCAUUGCGAAAAUUACAAUUUCGAACCCGGAAAAGCCCUAAAAUUGUUCGGUAACGAAAACCCUGAUGAACGAACGACUUGGGUGGAUCUGAGAAAUUGCACGGGAACCCUUGAUAGCACAUCUUUAUCUCUUCUCCCAGCAUUGGAUUACUUGAAUAUUACAGACAGCUCCGUUGAACUGUCCCCUAAGGUUUUUUCUUCAAUGCCAAAAUUGAGGGCUCUAACAAUAGGGAAUAACUCAAAAACGACCAUUCGUAAAGAGUUUUUCGAAGAGUGUGCUGUGCAAAAUUUGACAAUCGAAGAUUCGCAGAUUCCGACAGGUGAUUGUUUCGCUCACCUAAAGAGCCUGGAUAAUCUGACACUGAAGAAUUGUACUCUGGAAAAAUUCAACGACGAAACGGUUUCGAAUUUGCACUUGUUGAAAUAUCUGUAUAUCGAUAAGUGCCAGAUAGGCUCGUUGGGGGAUUUCCACGAACACGUUCCACAGCUCGAGUACCUAUACAUUUCGGAAAAUAAAAUGCAACAAUUCGAUUACGAGGGUAUCGCCAAGCUGGAGAAGUUAAACACACUCGGCAUGUACGCCAAUGAAGUCGGAACUGAUAUAAAUUACGAGGUGUUCCAGAAAUUGCCUAAAUUAGAAACCAUUUCUUUCGAUACUGCUGUAUAUAAAAACCUGAAAUUCACCGAAUACCCAUCUUUGAAAACCGUACACAUUAACACGCCUACUGAUGUUCUAAAUGAUGAAGAACAAAAAGUGAUGGAUGAACUUGAGAAACUUAAUAUAAACUUCGAAUAUCAUUAUUAUGGCCCUCUUAAUAUUGAUUACAGUAAAGUAUUGAUUUGUGCUUAAUGUUUAUAAAUUCAAGUAUUAUAUUUAUCAAUCAUAGCUUCUACAUAAUAUAUAAUAAGCAAAGUUUAUUUAGUAUUAACGAUUAUGGUAAUUAAUAAAUGAUUCUUCAAAUUAAAGUGAA